AUGUAUUUUAUUCUAGUCAUACCUAUUUUAUUUUCAUUGUCCAAAGGUUUAGAAGUUCCCGAUUUUUUUGAGAUAAAUAUAGAUCGAGAUCAUCCGGACAAGAUUUAUAAAGCGUUCGAGGAGUUUAAAGUAAAGUACAAUAGGAAAUACAAAAAUGCAGCGGAAAACCAAAUAAGAAUGCAGAAUUUUGUAAAGACGUUUAACAAAGUUGAUUUAUUAAAUAAAAGAUCCGAAGAAAAAGGGCUCACCUCUCAAUUCGGUAUCAACAAGUUCUCGGAUCUCUCCUCCCAAGAGUUCAAACGCAGGCUAUUAAGUUCCACACACCAAAACAUCACCGGAUUUCUGAAAAACUCAAGAAAACUAACGUUCCCCAGAAGACACAAGAGACAAGCUGAGAAUAGUGAGGAGCCUCCAAAAGACUUCGAUUUGAGAACAGAAACAGUGAAUGGGCGGUAUAUUAUUGGAGAUGUGAAAGAUCAAGGAGAAUGUUCCACUUGUUGGGUGUUCGCAGUGACUGCUGUUGUCGAAACUAUUUUAGCCCAUAGUUUGGGAAGGUUUAAGUCACUCUCCGAGCAAGAACUCUGUGACUGCGCUACAGAUGGAACCCCCGGAUGCCGUGGAGGAUCACUGCAUUGGGGUGUGGAAUAUAUUUUGGGUAAAGGACUAGCCGGAGCGUGGGAGUAUCCAGAAUAUAAUCAACAACGAGCCAAUAAAAGCGGGAUGUGUGAAGCAGCCUCCUCAAAACGCUCAUUCCCGCCGAACAAACUUGAAUUUUAUGACUUGUCGGAAAAUCCAGAGUAUGAGAUGAGAGGAGUGUUGAAUUUUUGGAAAAGUCCGGUCGCUGUUUUUUUUCAAGUUGGCACCAGUUUCCGAAACUAUAGGUCUGGGGUCUUGACGUACGAGGAUGACUGCCGUACCGGUCCGGAAAUCCAUUGGCAUGCAGGUGCUGUAGUGGGAUAUGGAGAGGAUCGGGAUCGAUAUGGAAGGUCUCAAAAAUACUGGAUAGUGAAGAACUCAUGGGGAACUGGUCAAUGGGGCGAUGAUGGAUAUGUGAAAGUUAUAAGAGGACGCAAUUGGUGUGACAUUGAAAGAGGAGCUGUUGGUGCAAAAAUGGCUGAUAGUAUCCAUUCUUAG